GAGGCGGUACUGACCUAACCUGUUCUGCUGGCUUGCUUUGAGCUUAUAGGCAUUUAACUGGCAGAUCCAACCCAUCCUGCCUGACAGAGCAGCAGUGAUACACUGAGGAGACAUCGCUCCCUGGGCUUUCUUUAAGGAGACGUCUGUAGCAGCAUACGAUAACUUCGCUGUGUUUUGGAGUGUCCAUGGUUGUAUUUCGGUAUAAAUUCAGUGAUAUGUGGAUGUAAAUACAACUAAGAAAUUAUGAGCGGGGACAGCAAGAGUACAAGUUUCUCAGAAAACCUGGUCCUAGACGACUCUGCGAAAGGAGUCGUCAUUACCGGAAUCACAGAUGACACAGUCGCUGCAAAAAGCGGACUACAAGCAGGCGAUGAGAUUGUUGCAGCCACCAUACACCUAGACCACCUCAGCAAAAAUGAAGUGCUGAACAUCCUGAAGGUCCUGGAGCCAUAUGAUAACAACAUGAAGGUUCUGACAAAGAAGCAGCUGAACGCCAGUGCUGGCCUUGACUCCUUGGGAUUAGGUCUCAAAGAUCCGGCAACGAUGCUCAACCUAAAGAAGGAUCUGUCAAUGGAUGCAUCAGCUGAGGCACCAGUUUUGUCCCUUGAUGGCCUGAGUGGAAACCUAAAUGCUGCACAGGGGUUGGGGGGUGAAAUAGGUGGUCCCAUUCUCAAUGGAGACCUUCCCAGUCUCAGUCUAGACAAGCCCUCAGCUAAUGCUGGUUCCAAGUUCUCAAUGCCCUCCCUAGGACUGACUGGACCAGAUAUAAAAGGAGAUCUAGAUGGCACCUUCAAAGCACCUGAUGUCAGUGUCUCAACUCCCAAACUCAACACCCCGAGUGCCUCACUCGACAUUGAGAAACCAGGAAUCAAGACAGGCAACCUGAAACACAAGGCCCCAAAAUUUGUGAUGCCACACUUCAAUCUGCCUCAUAUAAAAACACCACAAAAAGAAAUUGACAUUUCUGGUAAUCUAAGUGCCCCUUCUGUCGGUGGGAAUCUAGGGACACCAGACCUCAAUCUGUCUGCCCCAAAAUUAGAUCUUCAAAGUCCAAAUUUGGACCUAAAUGGGCCAAAAAUGGAUCUGAAUGGUCCUGACAUAAAUGUAGGAACACCAAAUUCUGAUAUCGAGGGAGGCAAAAUCAAAUGGCCCCCAUUUAAAAAGAUGGAUUGGAAAUUGAAAGGUCCAAAAGUUAAAGGACCAGAUACCGAUUUAAAUGCUGACCUCUCUGCACCUGAUUUCAGCCUCACCACACCAAAGAUUGACGGGGAUCUAAGUGCACCAGAUGUUGACAUUAACCUUCCCAAAUCUGACAUCAAAAGCCCUGAUCUAGAUGUUCAAACCCCAAAUCUUGACAUUGAUGCCCCAUCUGGUAAAUUCAACUGGCUUCAUCAUAAAUGGAAGAAACCCAAAUUUCAUGGCCCAAAAGCUGAUCUGGACUUAGAUGCAAACCUGAACACACCAUAUGUUGAUCCCUCUCUUCCAAAAGUGGGGGGUGAAAUAAAUGCCCCAGAUUUUGACAUUAAUUUGCCGAAAGCUGAACUUAAAGGCCCUGAUCUAGACAUGCAAACCCCAAAUAUUGACAUUGAUGCCCCAUCUGGUAAAAUCAACUGGCCUCAUCAUAAAUGGAAGAAGCCCAAACUUCACGGCCCAAAUGCAGACUUAGGCAUAGAUGGAGACCUAAACACACCCAAUUUAAAUGUCUCAACUCCAACAAUUGAGGGUGGCAUUGAUGUACCGAAAGCUGACCUUAAUGGCCCCAAUGUAGAUUGCCAGGCCCCAGAUCUUGACAUUGAUGGGCCAUCAGGGAAAAUUAACUGGCCUCAUCGGAAGUGGAAGAAACCCAAACUUCAUGGCCCCAAGACUGAUAUGGACCUUAAUGCAGAUCUGAGUACACCAGAUGUUGAUCUCUCCAUUCCAAAAAUUGACGGUGAGAUUAGCACACCAGAUGUUGAUCUGAAUUUACCCCAAGCUGAUGUUGAUGUUAAAGCACCAGAGGCUGGCAAAAUCAGGUUCCCAACACUCAAAAAGCCCAAGUUCCUGCUGCCAAAGGUGAAAGGCCCAGAUGUUGACCUUGAUGCUGAUGUAAAAGCACCUGAUCUCAGUCUGUUUCCUCAAGCAUCACUUGAUGGACCUGAUAUUGAUCUGAAUUUACCCAAAGCUGAUGUUAAAGCACCGAAUGUAGACAUUGAGGCUCAAUCUGGGAAGUUCAAAUGGCCUACUCUUAGAAAGCGGUCAGUCACAAUUCCUAAGGUUAAUGGUCCCGAUGCAGAUCUAGAUGCUGAUCUUUCAGCCCCUAACUUGAGUCUCACUGCUCCAAAGAUUGAUGGUGAGCUAAAUGCAGCAGAUGUAAAUCUAAAUUUACCAAAAGCUGACCUGGAAAACAUAAAUGCUCCAGAUGUUGAUGGAAAAUUUAAAUGGUUCAACUUCAAGAAACCCAAAUUUGGCACACUAAGGGGUCCUAAGGGUGACAUUGAUGCCGAUUUAAAAGCACCAGACAUUAAUGCCAGUCUUGACCUACCGAAAGGUGAUGUGGAUGCACCUAAUGUAGACCUAAAAGCAUCAGAUCUCGCUUUUUCUUCACCAAAAAUUGGUCUUGAUGCACCAGAUCUUGACAUUAAUUUACCAAGAACUGAUCUGAAAGGUCCUGAAGUAGACCUUCAAACUCCAGAGGUUGAUGCCUCAGCUGGAAAAUUCAAGCUACCCAAAAUAAAUUUCCCAAAGUUUGGCUUAUCGGGGCCGAAGGUAAACGGACCUGAUCACAGUGUUGAUGCUGACGGUGUCUCUUUUCCUGAUUUAAAUCUUAAAUUACCAACAGCUGAUGCCAAAGCACCUAACCUUAAUCUGUCUGCCCCCACUAUUGAAGGAGAUCUCAGUACUCCAGAUGUAGAUCUGGAUGCUGAUCUUAAGACAGAUAUUGACCUUCCAACCCCCAAAACAAAUAUCAGUGUACCAGACUUCAGUCUUUCUACCCCACAGACUAAGGUUCCACAUGUGAACCUUAAUUUGCCCAAAGCUGCUGUAAAGGGACCCAGUCUGGCUCCACCAAAGCCAGCCCUCCAGGUACCUGAUCUCAACUUGAAAGCACCAGAUCUCAGCCUGUCUUCACCAAAUAUUGAUGGAAACCUCUCAGCACCAAACAUAGACGCCAGGUUUCCAAAAACUGAACUGGAAGCUCCAAGAAUGGAUCUCAACCUGCCCAACGGAACUGAUGCACAGUUAAAAACACCUGAUCUAGAUUUUGAUUCACAUCUGGGUGACUUUAAUUUGCCUCAUUUCAAGCUUCCAAAACUUGGUCUUUCAAGUCCUGACGUAGAAAUUCCCAGUCUUCAUCCUUCAGUGGAGGCUGGAGUCGAGGCACCAAAGGUCAACAUAGACGCUGCUAUGGGAGAUACCAAAGGACUCGACGCUCCAAAUGUAGAUGCCAAUCUUGAAAAGUCCAAAUUGUCAAAUUUGAAGUUUCCAAAGUUGAACUUCCUAGGGAAUAAAACAAAAGCAGCAGAGGUUAAUACAAGUGCAGAUCUUGAAUUCUCACCUGAUGUGAAGGUCAAAGUUCCCAGUGUUGAAGGAGAGAUCAGUUCACCUGAUGUAAGUGUUUCUGCUCCCAAAGUGCAGACAAGCCUCAACACACCUGAACUGGAUCUCACAACUGAAGCAGGUGCUGAAGUUAAAGGUUCCCCAAAAAGUAAGCUAAGAUGGCCCUUCAAAUGGGGAUUAAAGUCUGGUUCAGGGACUGAUGAAGAGGAAAGUGGUGGUGACUCUGAAACUGAUGUGUCUAAUGCGGAUUUGGAGGUUCCUGUAUUCAAAAUCCACAGACUGCCAAGGAACAGCAUUGAUGGCCUUAUAGGAAUUGGCGAUACCUUAAGCUUACCAAAACUUGACACAGACGAAAAGGAUUAUGUCUUCAGCAAAGGAAUCCGCUUGCCAAUAGUAAACGCAACAUCAAAAGCAGGGGAAAAGAUUGACAUUAUGGAGAGAUUGAAAAUGGCAAAGGAAAAAGUACCAUCAGCUAACGCCUCACCGACCGAAGGGAAAACAGAUAUCGAUCUGAACCUCGCCUCCCCGAGUCUUGAUGUCGGUGCCUCUUCAGAAGCAGACUCUUCUUUGGUGAGAGGAGGUACUUUCAAGGUAGACAAGCCAGAGUCUGUCGUGAGCCUGGUAGCCCCAGAAAUUUCGGCAUCAGAUGAAAAUGACAAGUUGUCACUGAGUCUCUCCAAUAUGCUUGGCCUUAAUAUCUAGGAUUCUGAUGCUGACUGAUUCCUGUCAAGUAAAGCUAACCUGAUAAGUAAAGCUUCAGUCCAGAAUUAUUGUAAAUACAUGUAACUUAACCAAUUCUUUGUCUUAGUUUGUGACCAUAAAGACAGAUGUUUACUAUUUGAGUCACACUUGCCACAGUUUUCUGUAGAUAAUGCCAGCUACUAGUGACGUGUGGGGCAGCAUUUUUUAAUACCCACCCGACCCUUUAUGAUAGCCGAUCCGCACCGUCCGACCUGCAAAAAUAUGCAUUAAUCAACCAUCCUAACCCGAGCUGACUAUUGCACACAAUGUUUCUAUGAGUUAUUAAUAACUUACCUGGAGCACUGCUCAUUCACUUUUUUGACCCGCCCAAACCCGUGAUAUUUUCUAGUAAGUUUGGCCCAAACCCACUAAUCCGCGGGUUGUGGGUCGACCCGCACAUCACUACCAGCUACAGUAUCCUUCUUGUGUAAUAACUUAAGGUAGCCUAGUGAAGAAACUUGUUUUUAUAAACUAUGUGUAUAUUUCUGUUAUUUAUAUAAGCUUUUGUUUUCUAAACAUUGUUGAUUUGAAAGGAUGUUACUUAUUACAUAACUGCCUCAGUAUUGCACGUGAUCACAUUGAGCUGUUUAAGUGUCUGAGAAGUGCAUUACUUUACCUUAAAAUCUUUACAUGAUAAGAGAAUAGUGUGUGAGUGUAUUUGUUAUUUUUUUCUUCAAUAAGGAACGUUGUCGCUUCAAUAUGCUUGUGAUUCUUUACCCUUUAUUUUACAAAUCUGUAUUUACACAAUAAGUUCCUAUGAAGCUCCCUUGGGGGGAAAAAAACAAACGUAAUUUGGUACUAAUUAUAGGACAAAUAAGAAUUUCCUUGAAAUAAAAGCUUAAGUUAAACACAAACAAAUAUGAAAUCAUUAUUGGAAACUACUCAAUAUAAGAUGAAUUGUACGCUAGUCUAUUUAACAAAUUUUAUAUCUACUGUUUGCUGAAUAAAAUUCUCUGUAGGAUGCAAUAGCAAUUAAUUGUAAUUAACCAACUGGAAGUGCACCAACUGAACACUGUCUUUAUUUUCCCUAUAAUUAGUACCUAAUUACAUAGUUCUUUCCAGGAAAUUAAGGAGCUGUAAUAAUAUUCAGUGUUGCUGAUAAAUAAGAUAAACAAAGAUCAAAUUAUAAUUCCUCAUUAAAAACAAAAAGGCUUUUGUACUGUGUAUGUAUAUAACAUUGAAGUCCAUAUUGCAUCUUUGUUUUUCUUUAAAAAAAAAAAAAUGACUAAAGCUUUACAGUGUUUGACAUGUUUAUUUCAUACUGAGAAAAAAGUACAAUAAUAAAAUAAUAAAAUUCAGUUGUUUCUUCAAACAUAAAAAACUGAAUGACAAAUAACAUUGAUGUGAGCGUUACAAGUUUUAACUGUAGUUUUGUUUUUUUCCAAUUUAACAAAUUAGAUUUUUUGAUUUUGUAGAAUAUUUUGUGUGCUUAUACCAAAUUAAGGAGAUAUCUAUGAAAUAAUUAUUAUAGUUGUGAGAAAUAUAUAAAAAAUAAGAGUUAAUUUGUUCUGAUAUUGUCUACAUUCCACUGCCUGAGACACAGCCAAUGUGAUGAUUACUUAAAGGUUGUGACAUACAUCCUGUUAACAGGGUGUGUAUGUUGUGUGAGUGUUAUUUCAAAAAAUAAAACAAAAUAUUUAAUAAAAAAAUAAAUACUCUGCCA